AUGGCUUCUACUAAGAAAGAAGUAACAUUAGAGCAUCCCAAUUUAUUUGAGUAUAAUAAAAAACGUGAUGUUACAAAAACUAAUGAACCCCAAGAAUCGAAAGUAACAGAAAAUCAAUAUCGUUUUGUCGUUCAAGAACAUCAUGCUACUCGAUUGCAUUUUGAUUUUCGUUUAGAGUGGGAUGGUGUCAUGAAAAGUUGGUCCAUACCAAAAGGGCCAUCAAUGAAUCCCAACGACAAACGCCUAGCAGUUGCUGUAGAAGAUCAUUCAACUGAUUAUAUGUAUUUUGAAGGACGUAUUCCAGAUGGUGAAUAUGGAGCUGGAGAAGUGAGAACAUGGGAUAUUGGCACAUAUGAGCUAAAAGGCACGACUGAUUUCAAUCAACAAUUGCAAAAUAGAAAACUCACUUUUAGACUUAAUGGUGAGAAACUAAAAGGCGAAUUUCAUAUGAUAAAAACACAAGUAGGAUGGCUAUUAUGUAAGAAGAAAGAUGAAUAUGCUGUUGCUAAUUGGCAAUUGAAACAAAUUUUAAAUUAUGGAUCACGUAAAGCAGCUCCAUAUAAUCACGAUGAGCAAAUCGAAGAGACAAACGGGAAAAGAACAACGGAAGUGGAAGCAAAUCGUAAUAAACGAAAGGCAACAACGACACAAAUAGAAAAGAAAAAAGUAAUAAAAUCAAAAGAACUUCAUAAUGUUUCCUCGAAUAACUCUUCUUUGUCAGAUGAUGUAUCGUAA